AGCAACAUGGCGGUGGAAAUUGAAUCUGCAGAUGUUGUUCGUCUGAUUGAGCAGUACCUGAAGGAGAAUAACCUGAUGAGAACCCUUACCAUGCUUCAGGAGGAAAGUGGGAUCUCACUGAAUACCGUGGACUCUGUUGAUAGUUUUGUGACGGACAUCAACAGUGGACACUGGGACACGGUGCUACAGGCUAUACAGUCUCUCAAACUGCCUGACCAGAAACUCAUUGAUCUGUAUGAGCAGGUGGUAUUGGAGCUGAUAGAGCUGCGUGAGCUGGGUGCAGCCCGAUCCCUUCUCCGUCAGACUGACCCUAUGAUAAUGAUGAAACAGACGCAGCCUGACAGAUACGUCCAUCUGGAGAACAUGUUGGCCAGGUCCUACUUUGAUCCAAGGGAGGCGUACUUGGAGGGUCAGACAAAGGAGAAGCGGCGUGCUGCGAUUGCACAGGCUCUGGCAGGGGAGGUAAAUGUGGUCCCUCCCUCCCGUCUGCUGGCAUUGCUGGGACAGGCCCUCAAGUGGCAGCAACAUCAAGGUCUACUUCCCCCAGGUACCAGUAUUGAUGUGUUUAGGGGAAAGGCAGCUGUGAGAGAGCAGGAGGAGGAGAAAUAUCCCACACAACUCAGUAAGACUAUCAAGUUUGGGCAGAAGGCUCACGUGGAAUGUGCACGAUUUUCUCCCGACGGUCAGUACCUAGUAACGGGAUCUGUGGAUGGCUUUAUAGAAGUGUGGAACUUUACAACAGGGAAGAUCAGGAAAGAUCUGCGCUACCAGGCCAAUGAUAACUUCAUGAUGAUGGACGAUGCUGUGCUAUGCAUGUGCUUCAGCAGAGACUCGGAGAUGUUAGCCACAGGCGCACAAGACGGCAAAAUAAAGGUCUGGAAAAUCUUGACUGGUCAGUGUCUGCGACGUUUUGACAAAGCUCACUCUAAAGGGAUCACAUGUAUCAACUUCUCCAAAGACAACAGUCAGCUGCUGAGUGCUUCCUUUGACCAGACUAUCAGAAUUCAUGGCCUGAAGUCUGGGAAAACUCUGAAGGAGUUUCGAGGUCACACAUCCUUUGUUAAUGAUGCCAUUUUCACCUUAGACGCACACCACAUUCUGAGUGCGAGCUCAGACGGGACUAUAAAAGUGUGGAACGUGAAGUCCACAGAGACACAGAACACGUUUAAGUCAUUGGGAGGCACAGUGGGGGCCGACAUCACUGUUCACAGCGUCCAUUUACUGCCCCGAUUUGCCGACCAGUUUGUCGUCUGUAACCGGUCAAACACAGUCGUUAUCAUGAACAUGCAGGGACAGAUUGUGCGUAGUUUCUCCAGCGGUAAGCGUGAGGGUGGGGACUUUGUUUGUGCCACGGUAUCACCCCGUGGGGAGUGGAUCUACUGUGUGGGGGAAGAUUUUGUCCUCUACUGCUUCAGCGCUACCACGGGCAAACUCGAGAGGACACUCACGGUUCAUGACAAAGACGUCAUAGGGAUGUCACACCAUCCUCAUCAGAACAUGAUCGCCACGUACUCAGAGGAUGGAAUGCUCAAACUAUGGAAGCCUUGAGGGGUCACAUCAUUUGGCUAGCUAUGGAAGCUUGCUUGGUACAGAUUCCUCAGAAGGACUUGUGACAGAUGAAUGCGGAAAGUUUCUGUGGAGACUCGUGUGGACAUGAUUGUGUGAGAUGACUGGGGACAAAAACUAGAGGUUCUAUGCUAAGAUGUUCUGUAGGACACAAAGAAUGGAAUAUACUGUAUUUGGCCUAAGAUUUCAAAUCUGAGAAUUUCAUUCACUUUGAAGAUGUUUUAUGGCUUACAUGGAGUAUACAAUGAUAUCCUAAGAAGCAAAUGUAAGUUUCAGCACAAAAAGCAAUAUUAUAUGACUUCAUUUGUCGUUAAAAGUAAAUUUAUUUUCACGUAAAUUUUUAGAGCAGUUACAGUAUCUAUAAUUGUGUCUUUUUUUUGUGCAAGUGUUUGACAGACACUUUCUUGUACAGUACUAUACUGUACAUAUGUUGAAAUACACAGCAUGAGCAAGAAUGAGCAGUAUUUUUCUGUCACACCGGGCACCUGAGUGUUUGACUGUCUGAGUCAGCGUUUCACAUUCAACGGAAAUAUCGGAAUCCAACCAUCAUGACUCCCAGAAGCCAAAAUUCCUUAUCACUGUACCACAUUUUGACGAGAGUCACAUCAUCAAAGUUUCUGAAAUGGAAUCCAGAAAAUGUGUUUACUUUUAUAUGCAUUAAAACAGUCACUUGGAACCUCAGCAUUUCUAGAUUCUGUGGGAUUCUCGCAGAGCGAAUCUAUGAAAAUCUGUUUAUUUUCCUUUAUUCAGGAAAAAAUAAAAUGGUGAGAAUAAAGGCCUGUAUGCCUGUUCACAACUUGAUUUGUCAUUUUUGACUUGUAUAAUAUGACUAGUCAAAUAAGAAAAGGGCUAUCUCUUUUUCUCACAUUUCUUUGUACCUGUGAGAUGAAAUUGAUUGCCAUUUGGGUCAUUUUAAUUUGUUGAAAUCUGGAAGUCUGUCUGACAAUCGCAAUCAGACAAAGAGUUUGCUUUCUGCAUUGUGACAUUUUAAAUCAUAUCAGAAUGUGCUUUUCUUACAUGAAGUGAGUCACCCAUCUCCUUGUUAAGGGAUUGCCUUGUGUUAAAAGAUGUGUCAAAACGUUUAACAACUGAUAGUGAUUUAUGGAGCAGCUACAAAAAUCAUUUGUGACUGUUGUAAUCUGAUUGAUUCAGGUACUAGAAAAGAGUUUGGAGGAAAAAUUUAUGAUUGUGUUUUUAAGUUCUUAAUUACUUACCUUAAUUCUACAACCUUUUCAACUGCCACGGCAACCAGUAUUUUGAAACAUCGGGGGUAUUCAGAAAUAAUUUGCAAAGUUUUAUGAAGCUGGCAUCUUUAAUGACAAACAAAUCAUUUUAUAGCAUCGCUAUCAUAAUAAUUGUGUACACAAAUUCUACAGAAAAAGGUGCUUUAGUGGUUGAAAAGGUUGAAGAUUUACAUUAUAUAGAAAUUACAGUGCAUCCUAAUUUUAUGGAAGAAUUUUUGCAUUGAGCAGUCCAAAUGUAGAGGUUCAUUUCAUCCAGAAAAUAUUCUUAAUGUAAUUAAAUCAUGUAGGUGUCCUGUAAAUAACCCCUGAGUCAUUCUUCAUGGAACAAAAAUUGUCAUGGUAAUAUUACAUGUGUAUGGAAUAUUACAUGUGUAUGGAAUAUUACAUGUGUAUGGUAUAUUACAUGUGUAUGGAAUAUUUCAUUCUUGAAUAAAUGAUGUAGCUUU